AUGCUUCCCCUGGCGCCUAUCGUCCUUGCUCUGGGGGCUACAUUGCCGCUGGUGUCUGCAAAUGGCUUGCCGGAGAUCAUUUACCGAGAUAUCGCGAUCAUCGGUGGAGGAGCAUCAGGUGCCUAUGCAGCCGUUCGCCUUCGUGAUGAUUUCAACAAGAACAUUGUUUUGAUAGAAAAGAAGAGUAUCCUGGGUGGUAUGGUCGACACCUAUGUGGACGAGAAGACUGGCGCCACCUUUGACUUUGGUGUCCAAAGCUUCCUCAACGUGAGCGGAUCUACAGAAUUUUUCGCUCGGUUCAACAUAUCAAUUACCACCAAUUCCAGCAGUAUCUCCUCAACUCAGAAGUACAUUGAUUUCAACACUGGCAAAACGGUUGGCUUCACGACCCCUGCGUACACGAAGGAAAACGACGCCAUCGCCAAGUUCUUCAAGGUGAUCAAGCCAUGGGAGUCGAUGUUGAGUCCCGGCUAUUGGAAUUUCCCCGAGCCAAAAGAUAUCCCUGAAGAUCUUCUUAUUCCCUUUGGCCAAUUUCUGACUAAGUAUGGUCUUGAGGAUAGUACCCCUCUGAUCUAUGCAUCCACUGGUCUCGGAGUGGGUAACAUGAGUGAAGUUACUACUAUGUUUGUCCUACAGUCCUUCGGCUGGGACAUGGCUCGGGCCUUCCUCGGUGAAAUGGCCCUGUAUACUCCUGCUUCUGGUGGCAACCAGGUCCUCUACGAUGCCAUUGCUAAGGACCUUGGCGAUGAUGUGCUCUAUUCGAGCACUGUGAUUGACAGCCGCCGCACCGACUUUGGCGUUUUCCUUACGGUGCGCAACCACAAGACCCAAAAGAUCACGCUGAUCGUCGCUCGCCGACUCUUAAUUGCCAUCGAGCCAACUCAAUCAAACAUGGAGCCUUUGGAUCUCAGCUUCACUGAAUGGGGCACUCUGUCCAAGUUCACCUAUUCCAACGAAUUCACUGGUCUGGUCAACAAUGCUGUCUUUAACACGAGUUAUUAUUACUAUAACUUGCCAUCCGACGCCGCUCCUGACAACCUUCUUGUUUUCCAAGAUGAGCCGAUGGUCGCAAGUUUUGAAUACACUGGUCUUGAGCACCUGUUCCGCGUGAUGAUCAUUGGUAAUAAGACUACAAAUGCUGCAGAAUCCAAGGUUCUAGCACAGGAAAGCUUCAGUAAGCUGCUCAAAGCUGGUCAGUUGUCCGGAUCCACACGAGACCAGAAACUCAGUUGGGCAGCCUUUUCUACCCAUGGUCCCAUGCAUGCCCGCGUUUCUGUUGAAGAUAUCAAGGGUGGCUUCUUUCAGGACUUGUACCAGCUCCAAGGUUCUCGUUCUACGUGGUGGACGGGUGGCGCCUUCUCGGCGAAUUUCCAAACUCAGCUGUGGAAAUUCGACGAGGGUUUGAUUCCUAAAAUCCUGGAGGGCCUUUAA